AUGGCUUUGAAGGACACGGGCGGCGGCAGCAGCAGCAGCAUCCUGCCCAUCAGUGACAUGGGGUCCUCCUCCGCCGCGCCGUCCUGCUCGCCCUUCCCCGAAGUGGUGGAGCUGAACGUGGGCGGCCAGGUGUAUGUGACCAAGCACUCCACACUGCUCAGCGUCCCGGACAGCACCCUGGCCAGCAUGUUCUCCCCGCGCCGGGGCAGCCAGGCGGCCGCCAGGGAGCUGCCCAGGGACAGCCGGGCGCGCUUCUUCAUCGACCGCGACGGCUUCCUCUUCAGGUACGUGCUGGAUUAUCUGCGGGACAAGCAGCUGGCCCUGCCCGAGCACUUCCCGGAGAAGGAGCGGCUGCUGCGGGAGGCCGAGUACUUCCAGCUGGGGGAGCUGGUCAAGCUGCUCUCCCCCAAGGUCACCAAGCAGGGCUCGCUCAACGACGAGGGCUGCCAGAGCGACCUGGAGGACAGCAACUCGCAGGGCAGCGGCGACCUCCUGCUGCGGGCGGCGGCCGGGGCCGCUCUGGAGAAGCGCUCGGGCUUCCUCACCGUGGGCUACCGGGGCUCGUACACCACGGUGCGGGAGAACCAGGCGGACGCCAAGUUUCGCAGGGUGGCCCGGAUUAUGGUGUGCGGCAGGAUCGCGCUGGCCAAGGAGGUGUUCGGGGAGACGCUCAACGAGAGCCGGGACCCCGACCGGCCCCCGGAGAAAUACACCUCCCGCUUCUACCUCAAGUUCACCUACCUGGAGCAGGCGUUUGACCGGCUCUCGGAGGCCGGCUUCCACAUGGUGGCUUGUAACUCCACCGGCACCGCCGCCUUCAUCAACCAGUACAGGGAGGACAAGAUCUGGAGCAGCUACACCGAGUACAUCUUCUACAGACCACCUCAGAGAACAGUGUCUCCCAAACAAGAACAUGAAGAAAGGAAGCAUGACAAAGUCACAGACAAAGGAAGCGAAAGUGGGACUUCCUGCAAUGAGUUGUCCACCUCUAGUUGUGACAGCCAUUCAGAGGCUAGCACUCCUCAAGAAAAUGCUGCUGGCACCCAACAGUCAACAGCACACCAGCCAAAUACUCUAACUUUGGAUCGUCCAUCUAAGAAGGCCCCAUUGCAGUGGAUGCCACCUCCAGACAAACGCAGGAACAGUGAACUCUUUCAAACUCUCAUUAGCAAGUCUAGAGAAACAAAUCUUUCUAAAAAGAAGGUAUGUGAGAAGCUGAGUGUUGAAGAAGAAAUGAAAAAAUGUAUUCAAGAUUUUAAAAAAAUCCAUAUUCCAGAUUACUUUCCAGAGCGCAAACGGCCAUGGCAGUCUGAACUCUUACAAAAAUAUGGGUUAUAG